UUACACGAAAUCAUGAGUAAGGCCCGGUAUACCCUCAAUCAUAAUAACCUAGUUUUAAUGUCAUCUCACUCACUGCACUUACAUAUAUUUUCUCAGGAAAUUAAACAGUUUAAAAAUGACAAAUAAACCAUCUAGUGGACAAAUUGCAGCAAUUGGUGUGGAAUUAUUUUUGUUUACUGUUAUUUCAUUUUAUGGCAUCAAAUGGCUGGCAAAGAUAUUGGAUCCUACAAGUAAACAGAAAGAAUCUGCCAAAAAACAGGCUAGUUUCCAUGCUGAAAAAAUUACCAAAAGUCUUGGUAUCAAUAACUUAACAGAAUUGUCUGAAUACGAAGUAUCAAUAGCAGCUUUGUUGGUCGAUCCAUUAAAUCUUCCAAUAUCUUGGAACAAUAUUGGUGGACUGGAAUCUGUUAUAUGUGAAAUAAAGGAAUCUGUGAUCCUUCCCUUUCAGAGAAGAGCUUUAUUCUCUAGUUCCACAUUGCUAUCAGCGCCUAAAGGUGUGUUGCUGUAUGGACCUCCAGGUUGUGGAAAAACAAUGAUCGCCAAAGCAACUGCCAAACAAGCAGGUUGUCGAUUCAUCAAUUUGGAAGUUUCUUCACUCACAGACAAAUGGUAUGGCGAAUCACAAAAGUUAGCAAGCGCAGUUUUUUCAUUGGCUUCAAAAAUUCAACCGUGUAUUAUUUUUAUUGAUGAAAUAGAUUCAUUUUUGCGAGCACGUGAAUCACAUGAUAACGAGGCUACAGCAAUGAUGAAAGCUCAGUUUAUGAGUUUAUGGGAUGGAUUAUUAUCUGAAGAAUCUGUAGACGUCAUCAUAAUGGCAGCAACAAACAGGCCACAGGAUAUCGACCGUGCAAUAUUGCGAAGAUUACCAUGUAGAUUCCAUAUCGGUCUUCCGCAAGUGACACAGAGGAUGGAAAUUCUUCAAAUUAUUCUUCAAGGUGAAGAUAUGGCUGAUGAUGUAGACCUAACCCAAGUUGCAAAUCACACUGAAGGAUACAGCGGUUGCGAUUUAAAAGAAUUGUGUCGAUUAGCUGCAUUACAAUGUUUGAGACGACAAGUUGUAGAAAAUGAUGAUUCACAAAGCUCAUGCGAGGUGCUACAACCAAUUAAAAUGUCGGAUUUUUUAAACGCAUAUGAAAGAAUGAAAACAAACGAUCUUAUGUUACCAAAGUUGUCAUCAUGAAGUUACGACCCAAGUAAUGACGUUACGACUGAAGUACUGAUGUUACGACUGAAGUGAUUAUGUUACGGCUCAAGUGAUGACGUUACGACAGAAAUGAUGAUGUUACGGCUGAAGUAAUGAUGUUACGAAGCUAUUGUAGCAACCUUUCGUAGUGGCGUAAGGAAGCUGCGAUAAAAGAAACAGAUGAUGCUAUCGAUGUAACAAAACACUUCACCGACUUUUGUGCGACAUUGCUUUAAAUAGGUGUUUGGAAAAUCCUUGAAGAUAAAUAUUUUUAUCCA